AUGGAGUGCACCCGUACACCAGGCAAAAAAAAGGCCAUCGACCUCAUCUCUGCAGAUUCAUCUAACACCAGUCAUCCCCAGCACACCAUGACGUCGGUCCGGAAAAGGAAGAUGGCAAGAUCCUCGGUGAAGAAAAACACCAAGAGGGUCAAAGACAAAAAAAGAAACGUGAAAAUGACCGCCCACCCGGUGAUGCAAGCCCACUGGGAUAACAAGCUUACUCUUGAACAAAAUUACAAGAAGCUUGGAUUGACGGUGCGUCUAGGAAAACCGGCCGGAGGACAAGAGGCCGAGGUGAAGACGUUGACGGAGCAAAGAAAGGAGCGCGAAGGCCAAGAGGCCAAGCAGGCCAAACCAGAGGACAUUGCCAACGAAACUGACCCGGAGAAAAUCCCAGAAGGAGAAGCCAGGUUGAUCAGAGACCCGGAGACGAACGAGGUGGUGCAGGUGAUUUACGGCAGAAUGAAGGCGGCGCCAAAGACACAGGAGACCAGCCAGCCGUCCAUCAUUGACGAAUUGAUCGAGUUCAACAACAGAUCGGCCAAAGCACCCAAGCACAAAGCACCCACGCCAAGAGAAGUGCUGUGGAUCGAGCAGUUGCACGAAAAGUACGGCGACGACUACGAGAGCAUGCGGUGGGACAAGAAGUUGAAUCCCAUGUUCAUGACCACCGGCCAGUUGAAAAAGAAAAUGGCCCAGUGGAAACGCACUUUGAAGGAGUGA